AAAAUCGUUUAGAAAUUAUUGGGGGAAGAUACAAUUUGCACAAUGAACCCGGAAGUCCCCUCUGUAGGUCGGGCGUCGAAACUCUUCAAUUUCGUAUCUCUACCUUCCUCCGGAUCGCCGGAAGGCCUACUGUCCUGCGAAGUUGAGGCCUGCCCCUCCUGUACUUUACACCCACCCACGUCCCCGGAGGGGAUCCCGGUUGACUCGGAAGGGUCCGGUGAAGCCGCUUCGCGAGGCCUUUCCCUCACACCGCCGCCUGUAGGAACUUCGGCCGGGCUUGCUACGCCUCGGUCAGGCCGGGAGAUUUAAGCGGCGGCUUUCUUGCGGGGUCAGUCCAGCCGCGGUCCUCGAGCGUGGGCGAUGAGCUUGGCAGAGGCGCCGGAGGUGGAGGCGGGAUGGCCGCCCGGAGCCUUGAACGACCCCGCCUUAGGUAGGUGGACUUGGAGCGCGAGAUCUUGAUAAUUCUCCUGAUGAGGCCAUGGUAGAUGACUUUCCUCUCAUAGAUAAGAAAGCUGUGGAGCAACUAACAGAAGGGCUGGUUUCGCACUAUUUACCUGACCUACAACGAUCAAAAUUAGCCUUAAAAGAACUCACACAGAACCAAGAAGUACUAUUAGAAACUGUGCAGCAAGAAAUCUCAAAGUUUAAAGAAUGCAGUUCAAUUCUUGAUAUCAAUAUGCUGUUUUCAGAAGCAAAAUACUAUCACAAUAAGUUGGUAAACAUUAGGAAAGAGAUGCUGAUGCUGCAUGAGAAGACAUCAAAGUUGAAAAGGAGAGCACUCAAACUCCAGCAAAAACGACAGAAGGAAGAACUAGAGCGAGAACAGCAACGGGAGAAGGAACUGGAAAGAGAAAAACAAUUGACUGCCAAACCAGCAAAAAGGACAUGAAAGCCCAACAUGUUUCGGCUUGUUGCGCUAAUUAUAUUAACCUUUGGACUUUCUGGGGAUACGAUGAUCCCCUCGCACUCUCCUGUUCUAUUUUGCCAAGGAAGUAUUAGUGAAGUCUUCAUAUUUCUACCUUGCUGUUGGCAAGGAGCUAGGAACGGAAAGUGUACCACAUUAGCUACUCGUAACCACUUUUUGAUUAAUGCUUCACUAAUAUUGCUGGGUCAGAUUUUUUUUUUAAAGAUAUAGGAUACUCUAUGGUAGGGUGUCUAACCCUGGCAACUUUAAGACCUGUGGACUUCAGAGAGCAUGGCUGGCUGGGGAAUUCUGGGAGUUGAAGUCCACAGGUCUUAAAGUUGCCAAGGCUGGAAGCCCCUGCUCUAUGGUGUUAAUGCCAACAUCUUACGAGGCCUCCGUUGAUGUGCAUGUGUCCCAAACCCAGGUAUGUUCCUUAACGGCUAACUCUACCUCAUUAAAUGUACUCUACAUCACACUUCAGGUUAGUUAUCACCCAUCUGUCCAUAUCCCUUUGCUGAGGCAGGGACUUUUGCAACUGCAGGAAGCAUGGGCAGGAAUCCUUGUGGCAACUCUCUGAGUUCAAAUUCUCCAAAGACAAGCUGGUGGAAUAGCUUAGCCAGGACCUAACAGGAUCUUGCUGGGUGAAGGGACAACAGAAGAAACAUCCAUUCAAAAAUAUUGGUGCAACAUACAGGCAUGUCUUGCCCAACACCUAAUUUCAGGAAAUGAACACAUACUUGGGAAAUGCCGGGAAAGUUUGUGUAGCUUGCGCCCAUCAGAUUGAUUCAGCUUUGAAGGAGACAUUUGGUAACAAGCAGGAUUAGAAUUCUGGAUAUGCAGCCUCAGUACAAACACACAGGUAGCACCAUGAGAAGAGAACAGUGCCAACCCGGACUGCCCAGUUGAAUGCUGGUGGCAGACGGCAGGCUCCCUCUUGUGCUCUCAAGCGGUUGUUGCUUCUAGGUCAAUCACCACAAAUAUUUCUCUCUUUUUAAAAAGUCCAGGCCGUUUUAAUUACAGUAAUUUGGGAGACCAUAAACUGUAAUAGUCAGGGAACAAAAUGUGUGAUUUUAAAAAAGGUCUGCUUGACUGUGGGGAAAAAAUGGUGUGAUUGUAUCAUUCUCAACCAGCAAAAGAACUGAGGUGUGUGAACAUGGAUGGAUAUUUCAACCUCAGCAAUUUUGUGAUGUAUGGACUUUAACUUCCAUACAUCUUAAGGUUGCUAUAGUUGAAAAACACAGGUAUGGAGACACCUUGAAAUAAACCUAGCAUUAAAAUCUUAUUUAUAAUCAAUUAUAAAUGAAAUUAGACGAUGUGGUUUGAUUAAAAUAGAAGAAAACCAUCAAAGGAUAAUACAGCAAAAGCCAAUAUGAGUUUUAUGUCAUCCUACACAGUUGGGAUCCUGGGGUUAAAAAGCACAGUUCAACUUCCCUAAUGUUUUCAGUUAUGUGUCCACACCUGCUUUGUCACAAUUUUAAUGGUGGACUCCACACAACCAUGUUGAAAAUCUGAAUCACCUUUAGAAUGGUAGGCUGUUUGACAAAGAUAGUUAAAGGAACAAGGAGGCCACAUCUGGGCACAAAAGGUAGCUGGAUGCCUUCAGACUAGUCACUGAAUUGGAGGUAGAAGGUCUAUUUGAGAAGAUGCUGGUAAAGCCAUUCUAAAAAUGUUGCCAAGUCAUUGUGUGAACACUUGGAACAACUGUAGUGUCAAGUAGCUCUAAGUAUA